UCUCGAACUCCGUUCCCAUAUCUCGAGCUUCUCUCAACAUCUCUCAUACUACACGACAGGCGUGAUAGUACCCUUCAUUUAUUGGACCUCAUAUCUCAGACACUGAAAGAUCCGACGCAGAUUGCUUCAUCUCGCCCGUCACAAUGUCAAGAAAGCUCAAUCCUACGAAAUUCACACAGGCGGUCGUGCGCUCCUUCAUGGCAGACUCUGGUCUUGAGCCUCGUCUUCUAGGAAAACAUUUCCGUGUCAUUAGCGCGACAGAAGGCAGAGUCGACUUCGAGCUUGACAUCCAAAAAGAACACACCAACCGCCUUCAAACGCUCCAUGGUGGUACACUUGCCAGUCUCGUCGAUCUUGGUGGCUCACUCGCAGUCGCCUCGUCAGGCCGCUUUGCAACAGGCGUAUCAACCGAUCUGAACGUGACAUAUCUGAGCCCCGGAGGCCGCCCAGGAGACGUCCUCAAGGGCACUGCCACUCUCGACAAGAUUGGCAAGACACUUGCUUUCACGCAGGUGACAUUCACCAAUAGCAAGGGACAACUAGCUGCGCGAGGAAGCCAUACAAAAUACGUAACGGGUACCAUGGGUGAAGAUGGCCCAUUCGUUGCUCCAGCUGAGUUCUCAGAUGUGGACUAGACGAUUUCACGAGAUUUUAGACAUUCUGUUGAUGUGGUAGAUUUGAGAUGUACUGAAUAUCAUAAAGUAUAGAAGGGUGGUAUCAUAUCUGUUGCAGUUGUCCAAAUUCAUUCACGCCCAUUCUCCGUCAUAAAGCGAUUCAUUAUCUGUCCCAGUACGCCUAAUGCUUCUCCGGGUAAGGCUGAGCUGGUACCUGGGGAGGAGUACCGUCAGCCUGGUGGUUCAAGCCCACUAUCUCCUCAUGAGGAGGCGGUGAUCUGGGCUGAGACACGGGAGAUAUAGCAUCAUACGCCGCAUAUUGAGGUUGUUGUGGUGCAUAGUAGCCGUUUUGCUGCUGGGGCAUUUGUUGCUGAGGACCAUACCCCUGAGCCAGAUGCUGCUGUUCAGGCUGCGGGUAAUGCUGCUGCUGAGGCAUAGGUACAGCAUUCUGCGCCUGAGGAGCAACCUGUCCAUAACCCCAAGCCGUACGCUCCCCAGCCUCAACACCCUUCACAGGCUCCUGCUCCUGCUUCGACCAAAUACCAUUGUUCCUAGCACGACCAAUAGCGAAAACCAAGCAGAGGACAACGAAUUGAGGCCAAAUUCCAAAGACGACUUCGAGGAUGUAGUAAGCGUACUUGUACUCACGAUCGUGGUACGCACUGCUCAGAUUGGUCCAAGCAGCUGUCGACGCCAUAUUGAACGUUGUGCGCAUGAGCCAAACAACGGAGGCGGCGAUGAACAUGUUUGAGCACCAAGUAAGAGCAUUCUCGCCCUUUGAUUGAACCUUGAUCAUAAUUGCCCGCGCAACAAUGGCAAGAGAAAUGACAAAGACCAAAACACUGAAAGAGAAAGCAAUCUGUCGAGAUUUGGUGUAGCUAUCCGCACCAACGCGAACAUCGUUGAAGAAAACUUCAUACACAUAUCUAAUUCGAAGACCGAAGGCGGUCAAAGCGAGAAUAAAUAGGAUAGCUGCUGCGAUGUAUGAGACAAGGCGAAGGAUCUUGCCCUUGGGGUCGGGGCGGCCUGUCUGAACCAUGACGAUACCGGUGCCGAGACGGAGGAGAAUGAUCAUGAUGAGAAUAUCGGUGACCAUAUCGUAAAUGAGCGCAAGGGUAGCGAGGACCUGCACGGUGACGAGCAGGGUUUUCGAGUAGUGCGAGUCAAAGUCACUGUCGAUUCUCCCGCCGUAGUAUAAUUGGGAGUGAACGACUGAGACGACGUAUGAGGCGAAUUCGAAGAAGGCAUAGCUAAGAUGCGUCAGUUAUUCUACUUCAUCAAACAAGUAGCAGAGGAUGGGAGCAUACCCUGAGAACACCAAAAGAGCCAACUUGAGAUACGUGAAAGCAGUUCUCGCAGGAUCCCUCUUACGGCGGACGAGACAGAAACUGCAGAAGAAUAGAACGACAGAGGGAAUCCAUGCUCCAAUGAAGACCAUGGCCCCGUGAGCGAUCCAAUAUUUCUCAAGUUCGUACAUUUUCGUAUGUUGAGAGUUGUAAAUGUUAAGAGUAUGUCGAAGAAUGCAGGACUGAGGAUGUGUGUAAGUUACACAAAGAUUCGAAAAUCGCCGCCAAAAGUCGGAGACCAACAGUGUUGAGAAGUGUCAAACCACACCACAAAUAAAAAGAAA